CGAUUGGUUCCUUGAAUCUUGGUUGGCUACGUUCUUGGUGUUGUAGAAUCCCUUUGGAGUUACAUUCUGACUUGUUGGUUUGGUAGAAACAACUCCCCGAAGGCCCUCUUUCGUGUAACAAGUACUUGUUUUGUUUCGCAGAAGUUUAUGCUUUGUGAAUUUUCCUUUGAAGUGCGGUAUUGCCGGGGCGAUGCCACCUUCCUGCGCAUUCCCAAGGGGCACCAAUACCCAUACAUUUAAAACGAAAUUUUGUUGGUUAUAUUACCAUAUUUCUCAAAGUGAAACGUCUCACGGUGUUCAGUACUUACGCUGUCGUAAACAUGGGGACCUGUCAUUCGAAUGGAAAGUCAACACGCGCGCCUAAUUUUGCCAGCUCAGUUCAAGUUACUGUGUAUACUCCCGCUAAAGAUAGCUGGAAUUGCUCAGGGCAGACUGUGGCAGACUCAAGAAGAAAGAGAAGAAAAUUCAAAAGUAAAACAAAUAGGCCAGGAAGUUUAAGGUCUUCGCGACGCUAUUACAGCGAUGCUUUGGUUCGUAAAAAUUUGGAUCUUGAAAGGCAUGACAGCAAGGCGUCUUUAAUCCCGCGAAUAUUCUCAUUUUCGACCCCUUCAAGAUCUAGAAGGAAAAGGAAGGAUAAGCUUAGAGCUAAGGAGAAUAAGCAUCCGCGGAAAGCAAGGCAACACCGAGAAAUUACUUUAAGCAAAAAGCUCAAGGGACUAAGCAAGGAGCAGCUCGCUGAAUUGAUAUUGCAAGUUUCCAACUCAAAUCCUCAAAUAGAAAAGGAAUUUGAUGAAAUUUGUCCAAAUGCAGACCUUGUAUCCCACAAAAGAAAGUUGUUGCACCUGCUAGAUGGGAUUUAUAAAGCUUUUCCGAAACAUCAUAUUGGGUCAAUGAGAGAUAGUACCUGCUUCUACCGGGUUCUACCUUUUAUAACUAUAUUCAAGAAUGAAUGUGCGGCACAGUGUGAGCAGUUUUACAAAGAUGGACUCUGGUCUGUUGUGAUAGAGCAUGUGUUAAUUGUAUGGCCAAUGAUCAACAGAUUGCCAGAAUGGAACGACGAUGAACACAACAUCCUAAAAAGAUCUUUAAUGAAUCAUUUUGUCAUGAGACUUCGAAGUUCUAUCAGGGCAAACAAAUUCACGGAUGAGGAGGCCUGGCUUCUAAAGAAACGAAUUGAAGAGGCACUCAAGAUUGAUAGAUCAAUUGAAGUUGUUAAUGACGAUAUCAAUAGAAUAAUUUAUCUACAAAGGGUUAUGAAGUGAAGAUUUCAUAUCAGAAUUGGGUUUCAAAUUGGGAUAGGAAGUGGCAAAAAAGAAUCUUGGAAUGAACUGUGGACUAGUAAAUGCUUCUAUUUUCCACAAACAACAGAACAUGAUUUAUUUAUAGAAUAAAGAGAAGUUGAAAAUAUUCAUAAAAUUAUUGUUUAGUAUUUUUAAUGUGCAAAUUAUUUUAUUGUUGUGGGAUUGAAAUGAAACAAAUAUU